GAUUUUGCUUGCUGUCUCGCGGUGAUCAUCGCGAUCUCGCGCCGUUCGCGUCUUGGCUCCAUCCGUCGUGCGGUCUCAAAGGCUGAUGCUGGCAAGGAGAAGGAUCCUUCGCCCACCGCCACCGUCAUAAUCUCCGUUUUCUUCGGCCACCCCGGUGAGGGGAAGAGAGGGGGGAAGUGAACUUGACAACCGGGAGGGGGUGGAAAUAAAGUGGAGCGGGAGAGCACUCGUGGGAGUAAAAUUGCUCCAGUUUUCGCUUGUUUGGCGUGUUACGGAUGAGGAAUUUUUCGCGUCGCGACGAGAAUAAAAAAGUGACAGUUAGCAAAAUGUCAAGCUGGAUGGAAAAGAGAUAUUGUUUGUCGAGUGAAAGGACAUUUCCGGUGUAGGUUAGUGCGGUUUCGAGAUGGGGAAAAGAGUGUUUUCGAGAUGGGGAAAGAAUAUAAUUGAAAAGGGGAUCGCCUAAGCGGAGACGACGGAUGAUGAUGCUGUCCAGCAGCGGCACGCCUUGUAGCGCAAGUGUGUCCUCCCGCAGAGAACUGACUCCCCGUGGGGUGCUGGUGGUGUCGCGAAAAAAAAGAAUCGGUGGUGGGAAUCACACGCUGCGAGUGCAUGGGAUGAGUUUUUGUGUGAAAUUGUGAGUGUGAGUUUGAAACAAUAGGGGAUUUAACCAAAUGGCGCAAGUAAAAUCGCUUACCCACCGAUAGAAACCGAGCGAGAGGCAGUUUUUUUUGCUCAGUUAUAUUUCGAGUGGAUUUGGAGUGUAGUUUUAUAUUUCCCGGGGUGAAUAAACUUCUUCCCUAACUGUGUAUACGUGUGCAAUAGUCUUUUUCCAAACACGGGAGUGAGAGCAAACAAAAAACGUGCCAUCGAAAUGGAUCAAUUCGAAAGUCCAGCGACAGAAACGGUGGCCAGAAACAGGUGCAACUCGGCCAAACGAUGGCUCCGAAACAACAACCGGCGAAUAGUGGUGCCAUCCUUUUUCUUGCUGGUUUUACCGUUGCUAUUGUUACUAUCGAAUAUUUUCACACUGGAUGCUGCGGGACGGAGAAGUGUGUGAGAAGAAGCCGGCAAUCGACACGAACAAACGCCGAAAAUAAAGGCAGCAAGUGGGAACCGAAUUAAACGUAGAAAAAUCAACAGCGCCGGGAUUUCCCUCCGAACGGUGGCCGCAAUGAGCGCCUCGUCGUGGAGAACUGUGCCAAGUGGUCGCGACAACGCGGGAUUUAUAGCCACGUGUGGAUUAGUUGCGCUUCUGCUGGCGACGGCGGCCCGGACAUUCGGCGCGAGUGCGACCAGGAUUUUCGAUAUUGAAAACAUUCCGGUAGUGAAAUAUGUGGCCGUCGCGGGACGAAACGUUACCCUCAGCUGUCCCGGAGUCACGGAGCACUCGCUAGUGGACACGCUGGUCUGGCGAACCACGCAAACCAUCGCCUCGUACACCAACGGACUGCCGCUGGACAGCAGUCAACGAAUUACCUUGUUACCUGAUAAUUUUAGUCUUCACUUCAAUCCGGCCAUUGCGACCGAUACGGCCGAGUACAGCUGUUUGGUGAACGAUCGACACAGUCCGGAGUCGUUGGUGGAUUUGCUGGUGCAAGACGUUCCGGAACCACCCGGGAGACCACUGGUUAUGAGUUUCAGCUCAAGAUCGGUGGAUUUGUCCUGGGCCUACUCGCAGGACCCCAGGAAUGCACCCAUCUCCAGUUUCAUCAUCGAAACGAGGGUCGGCGAAAACGGCGACUGGGAUCAAGUCGAACCGAUCGAUACGAAGAGCAGCGAGGCGUCUUUCCAGAUCACCGGACUGCUUCCGUUCACCGUGUACAGCUUCCGGGUGUCCGCCGUAAACGAGCUCGGCCAGAGCCCACCGUCCAAGGAGUCGUACUACUUCGUCACGCUACGGGAAGCGCCCACCGGAAAACCAGUAACGACAAUCGCUCACAACACAUCCGCCACCUCGGUGUACAUCUCGUGGAAGCCACCGCCACCGGAAACGAUACUGGGGGAAUUCCUCGGCUACCGGAUAACGUACCGAUCGCGAGACAAAACCCCCGAGGAGGAUGACGCCAAGGAGAUCUACAUCCGCGACAGCACCGUGGAGAGCCAUGAGAUUCAUAACCUCGAAACGUACACCCAGUAUCUGGUGUCGAUACAGGUGUUCAAUCCGGAAGGUCUUGGCCCGCCAACCACGGUGCUCGUGAUGACGGAUGAGGGAGCUCCCAGCAAACCGUUGAAUCUGAGCGUCCUCGAGGUAACGUCAACCACAAUCAAAAUAACGUGGCGGGAGCCGGGAAAACGAAACGGGGCGAUUCAUGGCUAUCGGGUGUAUUAUGUACACCAGAAUCAGACUCUGCUGCAUCUGCCAAUCCUGAAGGCGAGCGCUGGGAUCGAUUCGGUCUACACCUACACGCUGUCGAACCUGAAACCAUACACCGACUACAAGAUCAUCGUCGCCGCCUUCACCAAGAAAUGCGACGGUGCUCCAUCCGAGGUAUCCCAGCGAACGGAUAUCAGCGGUCCCAGCGCCCCCAAGGUGGUAAACCUCACCUGUCACUCACAGGAUGCACUCUUUUUUGGCUGGAGAAUACCCCAAACUUUUUACAACACCAUCGAUUACUACAUCAUUAGCUACCGGAAUGUGGUGUAUGCUGAUUUUCGAGAGAUACGCAUCACCGCGAAUGCUUCCAUCGUAGAAACUUCCAUGAUCAUUCCGAAUCUCACCACAAACAUGGUAUUCGAGGUGAAGGUGCGCGCGGCUUCCACCAGCGUUAUCAAUCCGAAGCAGAUUAUUCUCGGGUCCUAUUCGGAGCCCAGAAAGAUCUCCCUGCAACCAAACUGUGAGAAAAUCCCACCUCCGUCGCAGCGACAAUCGUACGACGAUUACAAUCUCGCCAUGCUGGCCGGGAUCGUGUUCAGCUGCUUCGGACUGCUGCUGGUAGUGCUGGCGUUUCUGCUAUGGAAAAAAUGCUUCCACGCAGCUUACUACUAUCUGGACGAUCCUCCAACCUGUCAAGGCAACAGUGCCGGUGUCGUUGAUUGGGAAGCCCCCUGCGAGGUGGCCGGCGAGGUUCGUGGAUCGAUCGCGGUGUCAGAGUUCGCGAAACAUGUCGCUUCUCUGCACGUAGACGGCGACAUAGGCUUCAGCAAGGAGUACGAAGCGAUUCAGGGUGAGGCGCUGAACGACGAGUACUCAUCGGAGCACUCGCAGCAUCCCGACAACAAAGGCAAAAAUCGUUACCUUAACGUUAUAGCAUAUGAUCACAGCAGAGUUCAUCUGCGACAGACACCCGGCCAGAAGAAACAUUUAGAUUACAUAAACGCCAACUUCAUUGACGGCUAUCAAAAGUCGAGAGCCUUCAUCGGGACGCAAGGACCAUUGCCGGGAACGUUCGACUGCUUCUGGAGGAUGAUCUGGGAGCAACGGGUUGCCAUAAUUGUAAUGAUCACGAAUCUGGUCGAGCGAGGUCGGCGAAAGUGCGAUAUGUACUGGCCAAAGGAUGGAGCGGAAAUGUACGGUGUGAUACAGGUUCGCUUGGUGCGGGAGGACGUGAUGGCCACGUACACGGUACGAACGUUGCAGAUCAAGCACACGAAGCUCAAGAAAAAGAAGGCUUCCCAAACGGAGAAGCUUGUUUACCAGUAUCACUACACUAAUUGGCCCGACCAUGGCACUCCGGAUCAUCCGCUGCCGGUGAUUAACUUUGUCAAGAAAUCGACAGCCGCCAACCCACCGGAUGCGGGACCCAUCGUGGUGCACUGUAGCGCUGGUGUUGGUCGAACCGGAACGUAUAUAGUGCUGGACGCAAUGCUGAAGCAGAUUGAGUCCAAGGGAAUGCUGAAUGUUUUCGGCUUCCUCAGAUUCAUCCGAGCCCAGCGGAACUAUCUGGUCCAAACGGAGGAACAGUACAUCUUCAUUCACGAUGCACUGGUCGAGGCGAUCGACAGUGGUGAGACUAACAUUAAAAUUGAUGCCAUCGGUGGGAUCGUAAAUCACAUCGAGUAUAUCGAUAGUCAGUAUAAGCUCAUCACCAGUUACCAACCGAAGGAGAUCAACCUCACAUCGGCGCUGAAAGUGGUAAAUGCGAUUAAGAACCGAAGCUCACUGGUUCCACUCGAGGGAAGUCGAGUUCAUUUGACACCGAAGCCAGGCGUUGAAGGGAGCGAUUAUAUCAACGCGACUUGGUUGCACGGAUUCCGUCGGUUACGCGAUUUCAUCGUUACUCAGCAUCCUCUGCUCGACACCUUCAAGGAUUUCUGGCAGAUGGUAUGGGAUCACAAUGCCCAGACAGUGGUGCUACUCUCUUCCGCUGAUAAUAUGUCGUUCCUCCAAUUCUGGCCCAACGAGACGGAACCGAUCGAGAGCGAUUACUAUCGCAUCCGGAUGGUUUCGCAGGCCACCGAGAACAACUACAUCGUGCGGAACUUUGUGAUGCAAUCGAUCCAGGAUGAUUACGAAGUGAGUGUGCGGAUGUUCGAGAAUCCUAUGUGGCCGGACAUGGCCAAUCCACGGUCGAUAUACGACUUUGCCGUGCGGGUGCACGAGCGAUGCGCCGAGUAUCGCAACGGGCCGAUUGUUAUCGUUGACAGGUACGGUGGCUUCCAGGCGUGCCAAUUCUGCUGCAUCAGUUCGCUCGCGAUGCAGCUCGAGUACGACCAGACGGCCAACGUGUACACGUACGCCAAGCUGUACCACAACAAGCGGCCCGGCAUCUGGAGCUCGUACGAGGACAUCCGGCAGAUCUACCGGAUACUGUCGUACAUGCCGAAGGACUUGGGCCUGCUGAAGUGCACCGAACUGCGGACGGAGUUUGAUGACGCUGCGAUCAUGACGGCCACGCCCGAUUUGUACAGUAAAAUUUGUAGCAACGGUAGUAUUAAUACGCAUCUGAAUAGUGGUGGUGGUGGAGGCGCCAACGAUGCGCCCACGGGAAACGGGAUAAGUGGCGGGGGUGGUGGGGGCGGCGGACAGACGGGAGCAACGACUACGAUCCAGAACGGGGGAACGGUCAUUGUGAAGAUGAACGGGGAAGAGAAUGACGAGCUGUCGGUGGUGAUGGCUACCAGCAAUCAUCUGAAUCUGGAUCACAAUCAGUCGUCGUAAGCAGGUUCCUUGUGGUUUGUUUUUCACGUUGGUAACGCCUCCGAGUUAACCGAGGAAGCGCAUCUUAGUCAUGUCUUUUAGUUUACUUCUGUUUUAACUACGGUAACCGAUUCUUCUCGGACUCUGAGGAUGCUAUAGGGUAGAAGAGAUAUUUAUUACGAAGUUAAAAGUAAGCGAAAACCGCGAACAAUAAUUACGGCACCAAUUUUUGGUUUUUACUGUAGCAAAACUUUAAUAUAAUUUGCUUUUGGAUAUAUAUAUUUUUUGCGGAAGUGCGAUAUUUACAAGAGUUCGUCGCUCGAUCGAAGUUGGAGGUUAUCUCGAUACUAAUAGAAGGGAGUAUAAUUCGUGUUUGCAGACCAAUGUUUGUCUGAAGCAGAUAUACAGUAUGCAAAAAAAGUUUAUCCACUUCCAGUGAAAAAUUAGAUUUAUUCCGAAAAAAACCUACUAAGAAAUUAAAACACGGUUAAUUGUUGUUCAGUUUAUUAUUACAGUGCAUGUUCGCUAAUUGGGAGACGGCUGCACCCUAAACUAACGAAUAUCAUUCGCUGAUUGGGGGGUAUUGACAGGUGUCAAAGUUGAGCGAGGAGCGCUCCAAUUGUUUAUUUUGGCUUAUAUUUUCAUUCGCUAAAGUUGAUACGUACUGUGAGUAGCUGUUUCGUGUGCUCCAUAAAUUUUGUUUUUUUUGAAGUUGGACUACGUCUAACCGGAAUAUAUGUGGGGUAAAAUGAAAACCUAAACACAGAACAUGCAGGAAAAAAAGGAAAGAUUUCGAAUGCUUAUAACUCGAAAAUUUCUUAAUAGAUCGGAAAGAUGUUUGAAUCAAUUGAUAGGAAAUAUUUCUACGCGUCUAUCACAAUUAAUAAAAUGUUAUUUUUCAUUAGAUAAACAAUUGAAUAACUAUAAAAUGUCAAGCGUUAUCUUAACACCCUAAAUGCAAAGGUUUGAUUGGCUUGAUUUACGGUUUCCCCAACACAGACUUCAAAAUCGAUGUUCCUGUGGGAAUCCGCCUUGCAAAUAUAGAUGCAAGUUGGCAAAUAUAUGCAAGCUUUUACGAUUACUUUUGUACUCGCUUGCCUUUCUGAAGACCGACAUAUGUUUCCCUAAAACGUACUUCUAAACCGAGAAGUCAAGGAAAAUUGUCAUUCUAGAUACUAAAGAUGAAUAAACUAUCGCGGUUCGAGAGCUGUGUAAACAUGAGAGAUGCAAUAAUUUCAGAGGGAAACAUAAAAUACAAUGAUCGUUUGACAAUUCUUUCGUUCGUGUAUUUUGGUAGUCCUAGGCAUCAUAUCAAAUUUACCUGUAACGAAGUAUAUAAUAUAUUACAAUGCAUGAAUUGAUCUUACAUGGCAACUGUUCAAACUUUUUACUUUAGAGAGCAAAUAUAGGUUUGGGGAAAAAGAAAUGUCGUAUUUGUGAUCGAAAUUUGACGCUUUAUUUAACAUACUUAAAAUUAUGCAAUUUAAGUCAAAUAUGCGCCGUUUUGUUUGCAAUCUUGUUGCCAUUUAGAAGGCAACUUCAUCAUAUAUCCCCCAGUCCUUAUUUGCAGCCCCCCUUAUAAAACUACCCCUCCUUAACUCAGACAGCCAGUCUCUUUUGAGGCCAACUUAGUAUUACCAAGAGCGUUUUGCAUGGACCGGAAGAGAUGAUGAUCACUUGGAGCCAGGUCCGGACUAUACGGUGGAUGCAUAGGACAUUCCAUCCGAGCUCCCGUAGCUUCUGGCGGAUCAUUAAAGAUGUGUGAGGCCGAGCGGUGUCCUGGUGGAAAACAACACCAUUCCUAUUGAUCAUUUCUGGCCGCUUCUGGUCAAUCGCCAUAGUUGAGCAACUCAUAGUGGAUGAUUCCCUUCCAAUUCCACCAAACACACAGCAAAACCUUCUUGGCCGUCAAUCCGGACUUGGCGAUGGUUUGGGCCGGCUCAUCGCGCUUCGACCACGAUUUUUUUCGCUUUAGGUUGUCGUACGUGAUCCACUUUUCAUCACCAGUUACCAUCUUCUUCAAAAAUGGGUCGGGUUCGUUCCGUUUCAUCAGUGCAUCGCAGGCGUUGAUUCGGUCUAAAAGAUUUUUUUGCGUCAACUCGUGUGGCACCCAUCCAUCCAGCUUUUUUUGGAAUCCAAUCUUCUGCAAAUGGUUCCAAACGGUUUUAUGGUCUAUACCCAGUUCCUGGCCAAUAGAGCGAGUGCUCACAAGCCGGUCUACUUGGAUGAUUUCAACGAUUUUAUCGGUUUCCACGACGAUUGGCCUAUCAGUACGGGGUGUGUCUUCGACAGCCACUACACCAGAACGAAAUCGAUCAAACCAACGCUGUGCUGUGUGAAUCGUUACAGUAUCGGGUCCAUAAAGUACACGAUUUUUUUCGGCCGCCUUCGUUGCAGCUUUACCUCGCAGGUAGUGAAAACGUAAAAUAUGGCGAAUUUCUUGCUUGGUGGACUCCAUCUUUUUUUUUAUCUCAUUUAUUUAUUUAUUAGGCUCAUUAGCAUUUUAGCUGUAACAGAGCCGGGUUUUAAUCGUGUACAUGUACAUAUGUUUAUGUUUCUAUAAAUUGUAAAUUACACAGUCGUUAGUAGUAGCCAUUUAGGCGUUUAGUUUUUGACGUGGGACUACGUCUAACCGGAGUAUAUGGGGGGUAAAAUGAAAACUUAAACACAGAUCAUGCAGGAAAAAAAGAAAGAUUCCGAAUGCUUAUAACUCGAACAUUUCAUACUGGAUCGGAAAGAUGUUUGCAUCAAUUGAUAGGCAAUAUUUCUUCGCUUCUAUCGCAAUUAAUAAAAUGUUAUUUCUCAUUAGAUAAACAAUUGAAUAAUUGUAAAAUGUUAAGCGUUAUCUAAACGCCCUAACUGCCAAGUUUUAUUUGGCCCGAUUUACGGUUUCCCCAACACAGCCAUCAAAACCAAGCAGCAUUGGAGAUAUCGGCAUUGCAAACACAUGAAAGUUGGGGGUAAUUUUGUUCCCGCUGAGUGUGUUUCCCUAACACAGACUUCAAAUGUAUGGAGCGUAAAGAAAAUGGCAUUGCAAAUACAUGCAGGUCGGGGACAAUUUUGUUCCAACUGAAAUAUGUUUCCCCAACACAGACUUCAGAACCAAGAUGUCUGGGGAAAUCGGCUUUGCAAACGAAUGCAAAUUGUGAGUACUUUUGUGCUCGCUUGCCUUUGUGCAAACUAGAAAAUGUUUCCUUAACACGGUCUCCUAAACUUAGGAACCUGGGAAAAUCGUGCAGACACUAGAGGCGAAUGAACUUUCAAGUUUAAAUCCUCUAUAGUAUAUAAAAAGAAGUUGAAGUUGUUGAUUCAUGCAAGUCGGGGGUACUUUUUAGCACUCCAAAGAGUGUUUUCCUAAAAGCGAGUACGAACACAACGCUUUGGCUCGGUUAUUCAAAAUUGCAAGAUCGCAUAUGCCUUCAAAUCUUCUGCUCACUGAAUUUCUUCGCAUAUCAUUUGAUGAUUAGGCAAAAUGUUGAUAACCAUUUGCUGCGAUAACGCCUAUUGAUUAAACAAUAUGCGUUCGAUGUACAUGUCAAAAUCGAAACUGAGUACCUGAAGUUUAUCAAGUCGAGCAAAUUCACUGUUCGAGAAGUACAUACACUUGAGAGAUGCAAACUUCAGAAGAAAACGUAAAAUAAAAUAAUCGUUUCAUAAUUCUUCCGUUCACAUAUUUUGUCUUAGGCAUCAUACCGAACGUAAAAAGACUGUCAUUAAAUUUACUUGUAACGAAGAACAUAAUAUAUCACAAUGCAUGAAUUGACCUUACAUGGCAUUAUACAAUCUUUUUACUCACAAAGCAAAUGUAUUGAAGUCAAUUGAAUUCGGAAAUUGUUUCAUUCAAUUAAAAAUUCAAUCAAUCAAACGAAUGAUUGCUAAGCUAAGGUAGUCCCACGUCAACCUUGCGGUUAUAUCAUAGAUAUAAUCCACCCAUUUUUUUCUGUUCCAUUACAUUAUGGUAAAUUACACAGUAGUAGCCAUUUAGGCGUAAGGGUAUUCUUUCUGUUCAUCCAUUGUUCAGCAGACCGGACAGCGGAGACAGUUGAUAUUGAUCAUUGUUGAGUUAUUUAUAGAACAGCAGCCCGAUGUUUCUUGCAGAGCAGAGCAGUUGUAUGGAUGAAUCGAUCUUAUUUCGACCGUGGAUCGAUUUCCUUCGCUGAUGAUGGUUGCGUGGACGUAGUUAUUCUACAACAACACAAAGAUUGUCAAUUGAGGGCCCUGAGUUUGAACUCACGAUCGAUCGCUUGAUAAGCGAACGCGUAGCCAAGUGGCUACGAAGACCCCCCGACUCCAUCUUUGACGCGCUAUAACUUGAGACUGAAAAGGACAAUCACAACACUGUCUAAACGACACUUGUAGCACAGAUUGUCGUCUUUAACAAUAGAACUACCGACGUUUGAUGUAUACCUAUUUCUACCGCACCCGUCAAAUUGACGGAUUUCUGAUAAGCGCUAUUGUUGUAUCUUUUGACUUAGUUUAUGUUAGUAAAAGAAUGUGAUUUGACGAAAACAACAUUUAAUAUAACACUUUAUAUAUAAACAUAUAAAAAAAAUAAACAAAAACGAUUUAUAUUUACAUUUAUAUGUCUACAAGAACAUGUUAUUCUGGAUGAACCCUUGCCACAAACGUAUUUGUAGCAUGUAUUGCAAGUAUGCAUCGGUCGGUUUUUGUUGCACAAUUGUAUUUGGUAAGAUUUUCGUUCUUGAGGUCUUAUAGUUAAGUUUUCUGUACGGUGGAUCACACCAUUGAGGAAUUGGCGGAUCCUUCUGCUGAAGGAGGCCUGGAUGAUAGCUCAGGAAUUUGGACACUUUGGCACUUUGGUCUUAUGGAAGACCAACCGUUUGGAUAUGGUUUGUUUGGAGAAUGGAAAAACACUUGGAUACUUUCUAAAACACGGAUGGUUUAUUCGCGGCGGGACACUUUUGAACGUUGGAAAUGGAAUGAAAAUGAUGUUGGUACGGAUUAGCUGUAUGCACAUAUUUGUUCGUUGGUGUUCGUUGCAUUUUAUGCUAUACUUCGGGUUUUUGCUGCUGUUUGUGUUUGUGUAAUGCACCACACACUGCAUUCAGAAUGGGAGGGAGUGAUUUGGAUGGGAAAAGGAUAAGGAUGGGAAAGGAAUGUUGCUUUUUUCGAUUCUUGUUCCUCUUUCGCGAUGUCGGUCGCGAACACUGUAGUACAAUCCAUUGCUUUGUUUGGUUGUUUUUUGAAGGAAGCUUGUUCUCUGCAGCACUUAUAUUCAUUGGAAAGUUCUACUGCCAAUUGAAAUAAGAAUUGAUUCCUGGUUAUGUUCCUAUCACAAGUCUCUUUGUAUAAAAUCCACGAAUUGAUUGCUGCCAAAUCCAAAAUAUUGUAGAACACUUGCAAUGGCCAUCUACGAGACCCUGCUUACACGCUUUAUUAGCGUACCAUCUGGUCAACUACAACUACUUAGAAGCAGUACUUUUUUGCGAGGUUUACUUUUAUAAAUUGUCAGAAUUAUAUUAUUAUUAUUAUAUGAUUUGUAGAGUUUUGUAGAGUGAAGACCCAUGCUAUUUUUCACCGAUUUAGCUGUUCCUGGCAAUUCUAUUCUAUUUGAUCGCACAGUUCCAUCAAGACUUGUUUUUUUUUUUGCGAGUUCCAUAUUUGUAUAUUUCUUCCACAGCUCACAUAAUUGCUUGGUAGAUUCAAUACCACAAGUUCAUCUUUACCUAAGUAGGGGAAGCCAUUGAUAAGGUAUUAACUAUUCACGUCUAAAGCUAACCAAAAUUUGAUUCCGAACUUGUCCGAUUUAUUUGGCAUAUACUGCAGAAAUCUGCAUCUUGCUUUUGUAGGAAGCAGUUGCUCGUCUAUUGUUUUAUUAUGAUCAGGUUUGUAACAAGCUUGACUGUUCUCAAUGAAUGAUUUCCACGUUUCAGAAACUAAUCCAAAUAUAUCAGUUUGUGUUCGAGCAUUCCGUUCGCUUUUUUGUCGGAACGAAUGAAUCUCAUGAUUUCUGAAAAUCGAUUUCUGCACAUCGUUUCGUGAAAAAAAGAAGGUCCCCAUUUUUUGGACACAAAAAUACACGUUAUAACAAUGGAAUAAAAUUCUCAUUUUUUUAAUCUCUUGGUUUUGCAAACUCAAAGAGAAAAGAGUCUGUCUUUUACUCUCAGUUAGACUCCUAUUCAAUAUCAUCCUGUGGAGAAGCCUUAUUUACUCUUUUAUAACAAUACAAGCGUCUAAUUGAAUGCAAAUACGUAUUGAUGUCCACCAUUCCAUGGAUGAUACAGAGAUUGUUAUAAACUUUGAAAUUGCCAGAUCCGUCAAUUUGACGGGUCACGGUAGAAAUAGGUAUAGGUGGUGCUGAUUAUGGAAGUUAAAGCCGAUAAACAGAAAUUGAAUACGAAUCAAAAACUAUCCUUACAUCUCAUGAAAAGUCAUCAUAAAAUUUUAGAACAAUACAUAAAAAUUAUAUAAAAUUUGUGACCAUGAAAUUUGAAAUCCGUCAAAUUGACGGUUUCGGUAGUUCCAGUGUUAAAUAGCCGUAUAGUAUGACCCGAUGCGAUAAGUACAACACAAGAUAUGUUUAAGUGUUGCCAUAUAUUGACAAUAUACGACAUUUCUUUUUCCCCAAUCCAUUAUGUUGAACUCAACUGAAUUUGAAAAUUGUUUCAUUCAAUCGAUAAUUUUAUCAAUACACUACAAAUGCUUGCUAAGACAACGGUAGUCCCACGUCAACCUUGCGGUUAUAUCAUAGAUACGAGGGUCACUAUUUAUAUUUCGGGAAUAGGAACAAAAACAAAUAGUUAAGCUGCGAAUAUAUUUUUAUUGUUUUUCAAAGUACUCGCCACGAUGAUCGAUACACUUUUGCAUGCGCUUAAACCAAUUUUCAAAGCAUUUAUUCCAAUCGACACGAGCCUUUUUUUUUUUUGAGCGAUUGUCAAAUUAUGUGGGAUCCAACGUGAACAUAAUUUUCGCACAACUAAGUGUUCAUGUAAAAUCGCAUAUAUGCUGGUGGAACUAAUGCUUAGGGAUGCCUCAAUCUCACAAUAGGUUACAUGACGAUCUUGCUUAAUCAUUUCGUGCACAGCAUCGAUGUUUUCUGGCACUACAGUCGAUUUUGGACGACCUUCACGAAACUCGUCGGACAGCGAACUACGACCACGAUUGAAUUCACGAUACCAGCGAUACACAGUGGUUUUUGGUGGAGCUUCAUCGCCAGAAGUCAAAUUAAGUUGAUUAACGCACUCUUGUUGUAAUAAUCCACGUCGAAAGUCGUAAAAAAUCAUCGCACGAAAAUGUUCACGAUUCAGUUCCAUUUUUUUGCCGAGACCAAACUUUCAACUAAAUAUAAAAUAAACGAAUAGCGUCCGUAUGACAAAAUGUUCUGAGUACGUAUAUCGUCAAAAAUGUCAAACUUUACGAUGGAACCGUCAGAUGGACUCACAUGACAUCAGUGUUGCCAAUUCCCGAAAUAUAAAUAGUGACCCUCGUAUAACCCAUCCAUUUUAUUUUACUCUUUUUCAUAAUUCAUCAUAUAAAAUCUCAAGAAAAGAUAUAAACGUCGUAUUUUCAAUGGCAAUGUAAUAAAUAAACAUAAAUUGAUAAUUCAGGGAGGAACACUCAUCAAAUUAACCUGAUUCUUACCAGAAGACAAAAAAAUUGUUAAUUGCUAGUCGGAGUGGAUAAGCCUUUUUACCAUACUGUAUAAGAGACAUUGGUUGUUAAGAAUUUACGACUCAUAUUAUUAGAACCUUCGAAUAUGCAAUUUUUGGUCACAUCCUUCAGACCAACAUUGAUUAGCAUGCAUGAAUUUUGCUAAUCAUUACUGGGAGUCUUCCUUCAACUGGAGUCGCACCACUAUGCUAACCGUCGUGACAGCAGUGGCGUUUAUCAGUAUCAAGAAAAAGCGCUCCCAAAGCUCUAGUCGAAAAAUUAAAAAAAAAAAACAAGUAAACACAAUCAUGCGCACAAUUUUCCGUAAUGUCCUCAAAAUUUUACCCGCGUUGCAAACGCAGUAAUACUCGAAAUCAAGAAGGAAAUAUAAUCCGACGGAAGACGUAAUUCGUUCAUAAAAUAUAGGUUCAUUCUCAUUUCUGUACAUAUUAAGUAUUUCGCAUGUGAUUCCAGUGAUUUAAGGCAAUUAUUUUUGUACACACACACACAUAUUACAUUAUCACCUGAAUAGGUCUGAAUUGGUUAGAUUCUGCUUCCUCACUGCGGAAUCGUUUCCCCCAAAUGAUCCGAGAGAGAGAGAGAGAUUAUCGUACUAAGAAUAAACAAACGAAGAAGUAGCCAUAUGAGGGCGCGAGAUAGAGCAUCCGGAUUGAAGCAGAAAAAUGCCGGUCAAUACAAAACGUGUAAAGCAAGUAGUUUGCUACCACCAUAUUUGGCUGAAUCGAAUCACUCGACCAACAAGCAUGGGACUUUUCCCGACUGCUGGCCGGGAGAGCGAAGAAUAAAGACUGGUUUUUGUAUUACUACUAAACUGUGUGGACAGAAAAUGCAAAGCAAAACAAUAACAACUAAAAGGGGAAAACACACGCGAGUUAACCCAACUAGGCAAAGCAGUAAAAAUGUGCGAUUAGCUUCUCUGCAUCCGCCGCAAGUCAGUGCCAAAUCGAUCACCAAAACAUCACUCAUUUUGUUCCCCUCAUAACGAACGGAUUGUGAGCGGUUAGUCUACACAGCAUUUUAAAGGAUUCAUUUCGAAUAGAAACAAACAAAACUAGAAUGAGCUAAACCACUAGUAAUCGCACUCAAACACACACACACACACAUUCGUUAGAUAGAGACACGCACCGGGCCAUACCUAUUCCAUUUAAUCGCAUCAUCAUCAAUCUUGAUGUCUCUUGGCGCCUUGCGGCCAAGACAUUAUAACUAAAUCGAAAUGCUAGUAUUGAAAUCAGAAUUAAAUCACUGCAAACCAACAAAAAAAAAGGAAGAAAAAAUCGAUCGAUCUCAGUUUGUUCAUACCGAGCAUAACCUCAAUUAUUUUACGAUUAUGAAGAAACGUAAAAAUUCCUAAUUUUUAACAAUUAUUUUUGGGUAGUUGAGAUAAUAUUACGUUGAACAUUGGCGUUAAGCAACGCACACUCUGGACUCGAACACAUCCAUCCUAGUGAAUCUACUACUUCUCCUCCUCCUAACAGCCUAUAUACUUACGAUUCACAUAGAAAACGAAAAAUUGGACGAAAGCGCGACAAAUAUCCCACUGGCAGGAGCAAAAUUUGUCGUAACUUCGAGAGAGUAAUGUUCAAAGCAAAACAAAACUAGUUAAAAUCUAUCCAUUAUUAGAACAAACAACAAGAAGCGAAGAAUUAUAUUAUAAAGAAGAAUUUAUAAAUCUUAUGAGAUAUUCUCAUUUUUUAGUACUAUAGUUUUUUUUUACGAUUACAAAUGAUAAUUAUUAUAACGAUUAUUCCGUACGCCGCGGAGCAGUGGCUUCCGUGAGAGGGACUGGAAGCGAUAGAGACACCCAAGUAACCCCAAACAUGAUGGGAGAGAGAAGGUUUGUGGACGAAAGUCCGGAACGAAGUCCGCGAGUGGAACAUUGAACACAACACAUUGAACAGAAAUAAAACUCUAUUAAGUAGGCAACUAUGAAAAUUUAAAUGAGCGGUCUAACACACGUGUACGCAACGUGGAAGAAGAGGUAAACUACAGCAUAGUGGUUGAGCCAAUACUGAGCGCGCAAGGAUGAUAGACACACAGCAGAGAAACGAACGGAAGUUGAUUAGAAGUCAUUUAAAAUUAACGAAAAUCGGACAAAAAAAGGUAAAAAUAUUUAAAAUAUAUGUAAAAUUUUAUGUGAAAUUACCACACAA